AUGUCCGGCGAAAAGGUCCUCAAUUCCAAGCUCCAAACCCAGUUGGAGCAGCGUGAGCGCCAGAAGCGCCUUAUGCAGCCUCCUAAUCCCGGAAUGGUGAACCAAUUGGUCGACUUCGGGUCCAACGACACCCUAUCCAUCGCGACCUCGCGGGCGCUGACCAAGGGCUUCCUGGAGCAACUGGACGCGCACCCCAACUUCAUCGUGGGCAGCACCUCGACGCGCAUCUUCGAGGGCACAACCCACUACCUGGACGACAUCGAGCGAGACCUGGCCCGCUUCCACAAGGCCGAGGCGGGCCUGUUCUUCAAUUCCGGCUUCGACGCCAACGUCGCCCUGUGGUCGACCGUCCCGCGUCCCGAUGACGUGGUCGUGCAUGACGAAUACAUCCACGCCAGCAUCCACGACGGGAUGCGACGCGGUCGCGCGCAGACCCGGUCGUUCGCGCACAACGACCUCCAAGAUUUCCGGCGUGCCCUCGAGGCCCUCCGCGACGACCGGAAGGGGGUCAAGGACGGCAAGAGCGUGGUCUUUGUGGCCGUCGAGUCGUUCUAUAGCAUGGAUGGUGAUGUGGUGCCUAUCCAGGAGAUGCUGCGCAUUUCCCAAGAGGUGCUCCCACAGGGCAAUGUGGUGUAUGCCAUGGAUGAGGCGCAUUCGAACGGGUUGAUUGGACGGGAUGGAUCCGGGCUGGUGUGCCAUUAUGGAUUGGAGAAGGAGAUUGGGAUCCGGGUGCAUACUUGCGGCAAGGGGUUGGCGUCGACGGGGGCUAUUGUUCUUUGCUCGGAGACCAUGCGUAUGUCCAUGAUCAACUAUGCCCGCAAUAUCGUGUUCUCGACCGCGCCAUCGUUCGUCACUGUGGCGGCUGUGCGCGCGGGCUAUGAGUUGGUCGCAAGCGAGGAGGGCGAGCAGCGACGCCGUCGUUUGCAGCAGAACACGCGCUACUUCGAGCGCAUGGUGACUCAACACAAGCAAUGGGACGAAGUCAGCAAGCAGGGUAUAAUCCAGAUUCCCGGAUCGGAGAACUGGGGGUCGGGUCCUUUUGAGACACCCAUCUUUGCCUUGAUCACCCCGGGCGGCGAGGAGAAUGAGCUCGCGGACCAUAUCCGGGGGAAUGGGUAUUGGGUGGACUCGGUGCAUUAUCCGAUUGUGCCGAAGCAGCUGGGACGCGUCCGGCUCACGGUGCAUGCGGAUAACACCAAGGAGCAGAUUGAGCGAGUGGUCGGGGUGUUUAUGGAGUGGGCCGGUGCUAGGGUUAAGAAGGAGGGGAGGAGGGCGAAGUUGUAG